AUGGAUUUAAACGGCACGCUGUCAGGGCGCGACUUUGUCGCCCUGGAGCAGCGACUCUUUGGGAAUAACUCCUUGUUUGGAAACAGCACCUUUGGAAACAGCACCGCCGCUUCCAACACGGAUGACGAAGACUUGGAAGUGAAUACCGAUGUUUACUCCAGGGUGAUAGUCACUGUCAUAUACGCUGCUCUGUUCGCUGUGGGCUCUCUGGGGAACUCCAUCACUCUCUACACCCUGCUGAGCAGAAAGACCCUGCAGAACCUCCAGAGCACCGUGCACUACCACCUGGCCAGCCUCGCCGUCUCCGACCUGCUCAUCCUGGUCCUCUCCAUGCCUAUCGAGCUCUACAACUUCAUCUGGUUCCACCACCCGUGGGUGUUCGGGGACGCGGUGUGCCGGGGUUACUACUUCCUGCGGAACAGCUGCUCCUACGCCACUGCGCUCAACAUCGCCAGCCUGAGCGUGGAGCGCUACAUGGCCAUCUGCCACCCGUUCAAAGCCAAGAGCAUUAUGUCCCGCAGCCGCACCAAGAAGCUCAUCAGUGCCAUGUGGCUCGCGUCCUUCGCGCUCGCCACGCCGAUGAUCUUCGUCAUGGGCCAGGUGAUGCGUAAAGGAGAGAAUAUAUGCACCUCUAUCGUGUCCCCCGUCACCAUCAAGACCGUGCUCCAGGUCAACGCGUUCCUGUCUUUUGUGAUCCCCAUGGUGGUCAUAUCUACGCUGAACGGGGUCAUAGCCAAUCAGCUGCUUCGAAUGUUCCGGGAGGCGGAGCAAGAAAACCGAGUCUGCAUCGUUGGAGGAAAUCCCACCAUGCUGAACGUCACUGUGGAGCCCAACCGCGCUCAGUCACUCCGCCAUGGGGUUCUCGUUCUCCGAGCGGUGGUCAUAGCCUUCGUGGUCUGCUGGCUGCCCUAUCACGCUCGCCGCCUGAUGUUUUGCUACAUUUCUGAGUGGUCCGUUGACUUGUAUGACUUCUACCACUAUUUCUACAUGCUGACCAACAUCCUGUUCUACGUCAGCUCGGCCGUCAAUCCGAUCCUCUACAACCUGGUGUCGGCCACCUACCGGCAGAUCUUCUUCUCCACGCUGCGCUACUUCUGCGUGCCCUGCCGCCAAACUCCCAGGAUGCACCCUCAUCCCUUAACCCGCCACUCCAUCAGUAUCUCCAGCAACCACACCCUCUCCACCAACAUCAUCAAAGAGACGUCGUACUGAUUGGGCUGAAAAUGAAUACACUUCUAUAAACCCAUCCACUGGUCCUUUGUGAAUAUACGUUCAACUGAAUCAAAUUAGUUCUGAAACUGGUUUGGAAACGAUUGGCACAGGCUGAUCCGGAACUGGAAUGAUCAUUAUCGUCAUGUGCCCUGAGAACGCUGUGAUUUUAUUACAGAUUGUGUGUUACUGCUGUUGUGUGUAUAUUUGUUUAACAUGAUAUUGGACAAAGAGAAAAACGAAAUAUGACAAUGGAAGACUUGUUUGGUGUUGUGCAGUUUGCAGUGUACUCUACUAUGUUGUUGUUUGAAUUUAGUAUUUUUCACAAAAAUAUUGCAUGUUCCAAUACUUUCACUAUUACAAAAGUUUGUUGUGCGUCGGCAACUGUGUUAAAUGUUUUUUGUUAGUUUAGUUAUUCCACUUCCUGUUUUAUUUUGUAUUCACCUUAGAGGUUUCUCAAUACUCAAAUUUCCCCUCCUCGGUCCUCCGGUAGUGACCCGGAAAUUAAUUUCAGCGCGCCAU